UAAGGGAGAGUGAUGUUGCUCCCCUAAAUUAUAAUAAUUUCCGCGCAUCUGGGCGAUUGUAAAUCAGGUCAUGUUACUUUUUGUGCAGUAACUAUGUGUUUUGAAAAUACCUACAACAUAAAUUCACAAGAUGUCGCCAUUUUUAAGAAUACAAUUCAAUGCCCAGUCAAGUGUUGUUAUGGUGAGAUGUGGGUCGCAGUUGCAAGAGACGGAAGAAAACGUUAUCUCGGUUGCAAGAUCUCCUCCCCAAAUCACACCCACCGCACAGUGUGCCAUGAAAACGCUCCAAUAAACUGUAACAAGUUGUCACACAGACUCAAGUUCUCACCGAGAAGAGGCUUUUUGCACAGUUUUAUUCAAUUUGUGUUUUAGAACAAACUUGGGAUGAGCUAAAAGCCACAACAAUAGGGGGGGAAACAAUGUCUUAUCACAAUGAGGGGAUGGAGUACAUUCCAUAUAUUCCUCCACUGGCGCUCCACUGCUUCUCCGUGGACAUUAGCGGAGCGCACCCCCACUUCGGUCUUCCCUCCUUCCACCUGGAGCCGGCUUACCUCGACCGUGUCCACCGCAGCCCCAAGUUGCCAUACGGAGGGCUGCACUAUUACCCGUGUCCCGGUCCGGUGAGCGUGUGUGAAUACGCGCUGGAGCCCGCGUUUAUUCGCAAGAGGAACGAGAGGGAGCGCCACCGGGUGCGCUGCGUCAAUGAAGGCUACGCGCGCCUCCGGGAGCGCCUGCCGAGGGAGUUUGACGACAAGAGGCUCAGUAAGGUGGAGACACUCCGGGCCGCCAUCGACUAUAUUAAACAUCUGCAGGGCCUUUUGGACGUGAACGUAGCCGGGAUAUCACUGGAAGCUGGCCACAAACGGCCCAAAUGCCAGUGAGGACGUUGGCGACUAGUGUUUUCCAAAAGUGAGGACAUAAAAACAAAACAAAACUGUUUUUCAACUGCAUUGGGCCAAAGGUAGAUGUGGAACGGAAAAGACGUAAAGGAGAAAAA